AAACAGAGGAAAUAAUAGGCAAAAGUUGGAGAAAAGUGAAACAUUGAAGAAAGUGUCGAACCCGCACGGUUGCAGAUCUUUCUUCCACUGAAAGAGAGAGGGAGAGAGAUGGCGGACCUGGCGUGCUGUGGGACGGAGUUCUCGUUGUACGUGCUGGCGAUUAUAGGUUUGGUUUGCUUUGCUGGGCUUAUGGCUGGACUCACCCUUGGACUCAUGUCUCUCGGUCUCGUCGACCUCGAGGUCCUUAUCAAGUCCGGUCGUCCUCAGGAUCGCGCACACGCCGCUAAAAUAUUUCCAGUGGUAAAGAAUCAGCAUCUUCUACUUUGUACACUAUUGAUUGGAAACUCAUUAGCAAUGGAGGCCCUUCCCAUAUUCUUGGACAAGCUUGUGCCUCCAUGGGCAGCAAUACUGAUAUCAGUGACUCUCAUCCUCAUGUUUGGUGAGAUUUUGCCACAAGCGGUCUGCACUCGCUAUGGCUUGAGGGUUGGAGCAAUCAUGGCUCCCCUAGUUCGUCUUCUUCUUUUGCUGUUCUUCCCUCUUUCUUAUCCAAUUAGUAAGGUGUUGGAUUGGAUGUUGGGUAAGGGACAUGCUGUCCUCUUACGGCGAGCGGAGCUCAAAACUUUUGUGAAUUUCCAUGGCAAUGAGGCCGGGAAAGGCGGGGAUUUAACACAUGAUGAGACUACUAUCAUCACUGGGGCUCUUGAAUUGACCGAAAAGACUGCAAAAGAUGCCAUGACCCCCAUAUCAAAUGCAUUUUCCCUUGAUCUGGAUGCAAAUCUUGAUUUGGAAACAUUGAAUGCGAUAAUGACAAAGGGUCAUAGUAGAGUCCCGGUUUAUGCUGGAAACCAAAAGAACAUAAUUGGACUUGUUCUGGUUAAAAAUUUGUUGACAGUUGAUCCAGACGAUGCAGUUCCUUUGAGAACAAUGAUCAUAAGGAAAAUUCCUAGGGUUUCAGAGGAGAUGCCACUAUAUGAUAUUCUAAAUGAAUUUCAGAAGGGUCACAGCCACAUUGCAGUUGUAUAUAAGGAUCUAAAUGAGAAAAAAGAGACAGCAAAGAAAGUUAGGGCUGAACAACUUGAAUUUAAGGACAGUUGUAGGAAGUACAGAGGCAAAUCUGAGGUACCACUGGGUAAAGAUAAUCUUGAUGUUGGCACUACUUCUGCCACUCAAAGUUUGGGGACUGAAUCAAAAUCACAAGAUUCUCGGACAGGUGUGACUAAGAACGAUAGAGGUCAACAGAUAGAGAAGACUCCACUGUCUACUACCUAUAAAAAGCGACAUAGAGGUUGUUCGUAUUGCAUUCUGGACAUCGAAAAUGUUCCAAUUCCGGAGUUCCCAUCCAAUGAAGAAGUUGUUGGUGUAAUUACUAUGGAGGAUGUCAUUGAAGAACUUCUUCAGGAGGAAAUAUUGGAUGAAACCGACGAGUAUGUCAACAUACACAACAGGAUAAAGGUCAACAUGCAUGCGUCUAAGGAAACGGCUAUGGAGUUGAACUCACCAGAGCCCUCCCCCAUGGAUUCAUCUGUCACUAGCACUUCUCCAAUUCCUAACCCUUCUUAGCAUCUGCAGGUCUGCACAUAUCUACCAGUUAUUCAACGACAGGCUGACCCUGCCACAACACAUCAAAUUUCUUAAGAAGAGACGUCAAAGGGAUUGAUUCCUCUUAUGAAUAUUUAACGUAGAUUCAGUUAGAAACCCAUAAGGCUGGGGAUAAGUUAGUUAGCAUUAGCAAAAGAAUAUAUGCUCAGACGACUUAAAAACUUAUAUAGAUUGCCUGGAAUUGUGUGCUGUAAUUAUAUAGAAAGCAGUGCUCUCCUUUUGACGUUCUGAAAUUUAUCACAUGUUCUGCUCAAGUUGAU